CGGUGUCCACCUCCGUCUUCAUUGUGGCGAUCCUCAUCCUGCUGCUGCUCUUGUACCACCGGGACCCCAUGUGCUGCCAAUUCCUCUGCUCCUGCCGCCUUUUCCAGACCCCCAGCCAGUAUGACCGCCCCCCGCCCUAUUUCAGCAGCAGCCAGCAGCUGGUGGGACCCCAGCGUGGAGCCUCCCGGCUGGAGAGCACUGCUGAGAACCCGGGCAUGCAGGGAGACGAGCUGUUCUGUGUGGGCCCCCCCAGCACGUACCAGCUGCCGUCCUGGGAGCAGCCCCGCCUGCCCAGCUACGAGAGCGUGCGCAAGAAAGAUCGGCAGCGGGAAAUCCACCAGAUGAUUGCCGACAGGUUUGGGCUGUGGGCAGAGCCAUCCCAGGAGAUGCCACCUCCUUAUGAGCAUGCUCUGAGGCAUCCUCCAGCUUUCUCAGGAACAGCAGUAAGCUCAGAGACCUUGGACAGACAUGGAGUUCCAGAGCCUUUCCAUGCCCCCCUGAGCUACCAAGCUCAGCGGAACACCGCGGUGUAAGGCCUUGGCCUCAGUGUCCUGCUGCUCCCCGUGCUGGCAGCAGCUGAAGUGCCUGGGAUUCCAUUUUCCUCCACAGUGAAUGGCCAAACCUUCACCCAGAUCCACAACCACCUGAAACAUAGGCAAGACCAACCCAGCCAUCCUCCUUGCAGCACAAGAACAACCACAGAGCCAUUGCUGGGCACUGCACUGAGCACAGGAACCAGGGACAUCUGCUCACUCUGGCAAACACCAAAGGCAAAGUUCCAGCUGCUGGAGCCGCACAGGGCCAAGCCAAGGGGAAUGUCUGCUGGGCCAGAGCUCCUCAGGAGCAGCAUUUCACACCUCUGUGAGGCAGCACUGCUGGCUGUACAAGGGAUCAGACCUCAGGCACUGGUGGUAUUGUGCUGCUUCACCUGUUUCUUAGGUUAUCAAGUGCUUUACUGUGUCUGGACUACCUGGCAGGUGGAAAUCCUCACCUGUGAGUGGCACAGGGGAUGUGCUUUGGAGCACUGCUGCAUGCUCUGGCACCACAGCCUCUGUGGCUGACAACAGCGCUGUACAGAGCCCACACGUGGAUCUGGAGAGGUUCCAUGGGUUAUACCCAAAUACAGAGCACCAAGGUGAACCAUGGGACUGGACUUGCAGACAGGGAAAGGACAGAUGCACGGACUGAACAGCUGGAGGCCUACAUGAAGAUGUGAAGCACAGGUGGACACGUGGCUGACCCAGUUCACCUGGUCUUCUGCAGAGCAGAGGAAUUGUCUAAAUAAUGUCAACACCAGUGUCCUUACAUUACUGAUUUUGAUAACUUGUUUUCUACUGCAGAGUCAAUGUUUAAAAUUGUUUACAAACCUGUAGAUAAAAUGAGAUCAGUUUGGGCACAACACA